GUGGCGGUGGGGGUAAGAUCGUUAUAAAAGCGGCGCGUAUCGGCUAUCGAGGUUAUUCGUGUUGAAACCUCGGUCGAGUUAUAGUGUCGGUACAUAUAAUUUUCACGGAAGCGAUCGUGAAAGUCUUUCACUGUUGCAUAAGAUUGUAUGGAGAAGACGACUCGUGCGUGCCGACGUACAGGUUCCCAGAAUUGAUCAGUGAAUCAGUGGAUCAUCAACGAAAGUGUACGCUACCUCUUAUAAACUGGCUAUCAAAAACGAGAAAAUUCCAACGUUCAGUGAAGUGUGCAAACGAGUCGCGCCAGGAAACGGCAAACCGAAAAGCAAUCAGACACAGAUACUAAGAGAUAUGACGCGUUGCCAAAACUUACGCUGUACGAAACAAUCCUACGCAUCAUCUACGAUGACUGACAGUGGCAGUUUAUCAUGGAUCGAACAGAAAGAAAUGCCAAGAUGUCCUAGAAGUACAAUAACUUGCGGUAUGCUACCGACGUUAAGAGCCUUGGCAUCCAAGGAAUGCGAGAACAGCCAGGGUACUAUCUGCCUCGUGCCGUUCGACGCUAACAUGGAUUCCGCCAGUCAUCUACAGAUAAUACUAUUGGAAGCAUAUUGCCGCGAGACGGGGAUCAAGGUGUUGAGAGUAUCCAGAGAGAGAAUACGGGAUCAUCUAUGCCCUGGAAGCGGCGAUUUAUCCUGCGUUCUCAUCUCCAACGACGAUCCAUAUUUCUUAGAUACUCCGGAGUGAAUUUAAAACAUGUUAAUCUAUCAAGAACGAAUUCUUUUUCGACUGGAUGCAGUCACACAAUCGUAUGAAGCUCUGAACCUUCAAGAAGAGUCGUUGGAUGUUAGGAAGAUGACACACAGAGAUAGCAACUUCAGCACUGGCACUUUGAAACACAGAUGGAGCUUAUUAAACAACUUUUUGCGUUCGUGUGUCAUGAUUUGCAAAAACCAACGCUUGAAGCCGAAUAGAGCGGCAUUGAUAGCAGACAAGAUUAGCGUUCUAGAGAUAAGAUGGAAAUUAUUGUAUUUCUGCGUACAUCUCGAUCACAAUGAACGGUUCUAAUCGCGAUAUUCGCUCGAAAAGAUAAGCGAUACGAAAUUAAGUAUCGCGCGGAUUGUGCGGAUAUACAAUAUGUAUAUGUAUGUACAUGUUCGUACAUGUGUAUAUACGAACAGCCUUAUUGCUAUACAAUUAUCGAACAUAGCAAGAAGACGAAGAAUAUAAUUAUUUUGUAAUCGUUGGAUUUUGGAAGAAUAUGUUGUUGCUUUACUCAAUGAUUAUUUUCCGAUAAUACAUAAA